AGGAGGAGGAGGAGGAGGAGGAGCAACCAUUGAACUAUAAUAUGUUUGCUGCUGAACAGGAACAUUCAGUAAGUUCUCCACCCAGGAAAUAAAAACAAAACAUGGUUCUCUCAUCAGUACAGCUGUUGGUAUUUUUUUCUCUGCUGAGCUCUGCAUUUCUCUCCAAAAAUGGUUCACAACCCCUCCCACGGACUUUUUCUGGCCAUUAUAUCACUGUUACGUACGAGCCUGUGGACUACCUAGACCAGUCUAUGCUGGACCCAUUGGAGGAUGACACAGGGUCUGGUUCGGGGAUGGAGCCAGAAAAAAGACACGGUCCCCAUCGUCCUCCACAGAGACACUAUUUUGUCUCGGAAGAUGCCAAAAUUUUUCUCCAAGGUCACCUGGCAACGAGCGUUGUCCCGACCGUUUACACGCUAGUCUUUAUAGUCAGCGUGCCCCUCAACCUGGUUGCCAUGGUGAUGUUUGUGCACCACAUCCGUCCCAAAAAGCCAGCAGUGAUCUACAUGCUGAACUUGGCCUGUGCUGACUUGUUGUUCGGCCUUCUGCUGCCCUUCAAGAUUGCCUACCAUUACCAUGGCAACAACUGGAUCUAUGGGUCUGUGAUGUGCAGAGUUGUCACAGCAGCUUUCUACUGCAACAUGUACUGCUCUGUCCUGCUCAUAAUGUGUAUCAGCAUUGACCGUUUCCUGGCUGUGGUCUAUCCCAUGAACUCACUGACAUGGCGCAGCCCUCAGAUGGCUUCAGGGGCGUGCAUCACCAUGUGGCUGCUGGCUCUCGCCGGAGUCUCACCCCUCCUGCUCUCAGGGCAGACCAUCUAUUUGCCUGAACUAGACAUCACCACCUGCCAUGACGUACAGGAUGUAGAGAAACUCCAAGUUUACUAUCUUUACUUCUUCCCCAUCUACUCUUCUGUCUUCUUCUUCAUCCCUCUGGUCUUCACAGUUGUGUGUUAUGUGCGCAUCAUUCAGGCUUUGGCUGCUGCCAAUGUGGAGAACCGUUCCAAGAAGACGCAUGCCGUGGUGAUGGCUGUGGCUGUGCUGAUGGUUUUUGUUGUCUGCUUCACUCCCGCUAACAUCAUCCUGAUGAUUCACUACAUUCAGCUGUCUUAUGGGGACAGCGAUGCAUCCUACCUGGCUUACCUGCUGUCCGUGUGUUUAGGCAGCCUUAGCUGUUGUCUGGAUCCAAUCAUCUAUUAUUUUGGCUCUUCACAGUGCCAGAAGAAGGUGGUAGAGCUGCUCAGAUGCAGGAGACUCUCACGGGCACAAAGCAGCACAAAAACAGUCAGCACAAGAACCAGCGUUCGGAUGGACAGCAGCAGGUCCUGCAAGAUGGAAAGUCAUCAGACUGGACUGAAGAGCCACUACAGCCGGCUGGUGGUUUAAGCAUUAGUGCAGAUUCUAGUGGCAUUCUUUAGAUUUCUACACCUACAGGACAAUUUGGUUAACUGAGACGUAACGGAUCACGUGAUUUUCAACUUCCAGGUCCAAACAAAAAAAAAUGCGCGCUUUGUCAGCUGUUUGUGGUCGUUGGUCGUCUGCAUCAGCUGGGCUUCUUUUGAAGCUAAGACCUCACAGGCAGAGUUCCCGGAUGUGCGACCGAGUCAAUAGGUCAGAAACAUCACCGGAGCUGUUCUUGAUGACAGAUGCAAACAGAAGUGGCUACAACUGAUCAGGCCUCCUAACCUGGCGUUUUUGUUUUGAUUGCUGACACUGUAGCGGCUGCACCGACCAUUUAUGAAAUGAAUCUCGUCAGUUUACAUAACCAUCAAUCAAUCAAUCAAUCAAUCAAUUUUUUAUAUAGCGCCAAAUCACAACAAACAGUUGCCCCAAGGCGCUUUAUAUUGUAAGGCAAGGCCAUACAAUAAU